AUGGUCAAGGCCGUUGUUGCCGGUGCUGCUGGUGGCAUUGGACAGCCUCUGUCCCUGCUGCUCAAGCUCAACCCCUUGGUCGAUGAGCUUGCCCUGUACGAUGUCGUCAACACCCCCGGUGUUGCUACUGAUCUCUCCCACAUCUCCACUGCCGCUAAAGUCACAGGCUACCUCCCCAAGGAUGACGGUGGCAAGGCUGCCUUCAAGGGUGCCGACAUCAUUGUCAUCCCCGCCGGAGUCCCCAGAAAGCCCGGCAUGACCCGCGACGACCUCUUCAACAUCAACGCCGGCAUCGUCAAGGGCCUCAUCGAGAUUGCCGCCGAGGUCGCCCCCAAGGCAUACAUCCUUGUCAUCUCCAACCCUGUCAACUCGACCGUCCCCAUUGCUGCCGAGGUCCUCAAGGCCAAGGGCGUCUUUGACCCCAAGAAGCUCUUCGGUGUCACCACCCUCGACAUUGUCCGUGCCGAGACCUUUGUCGCCGAGAUCGUGGGCGAGAAGAAGGGCCAGGACUUGACCAUCCCCGUCGUCGGUGGCCACUCUGGCGAGACCAUUGUCCCCAUCUUCAGCCAGAUCUCCUCGGGAGCCAAGAUCCCUGAUGACAAGUACGAUGCGCUGGUCAACCGCGUCCAAUUCGGUGGUGAUGAGGUCGUCAAGGCCAAGGAUGGUGCCGGCUCGGCCACCCUUUCCAUGGCCUACGCGGGUUAUCGCUUCGCCGAGAAGGUCCUCAAGGCCGCCAAGGGCGAGAAGGGUCUUGUUGAGCCCAGCUAUGUCUACCUGCCUGGCGUGCCCGGUGGUGAGGCGAUCGCCAAGGAGACCGGCGUCGACUUCUUCUCCGUCCCCGUCGAGCUCGGCGUCAACGGCGUCGAGAAGGUCACCAACCCUCUUACUGGCAUCAGUGACAAAGAGAAGGAACUUGUCAAGGUUGCUAUCGAGGGCCUCAAGGGCAACAUUCAGAAGGGUGUCCAGUUCGCCCACAACCCUCCCCAGAAGUAA